UAUUUAUCUCACCACCGUCCACCACAGAUGUUUUAUUAUAAUAGUGAAAAUUUACGCCAUUACAUGCACAGUGAUUAUUUCCAUCAUUUAACUUUUUUUUUGGUUUUUUGUUUAUUCAACGUGUGCAAAUUGGCCACUAGCCGAGAUGGAUUUCUCAGGAACCCCAUGCUGAAAGGACCUGGCAGAAACCGUUCGUGGCACAGGAGGGAGGUAAAGAAAUAUGUCAAUGUUUCUCUUCUUUGUUAAGAAAUAGACAUCUCACGUCGUAAUCGGUACAAGCAAAUAAAAUUGCCCAAGUAAGGGGUCGUUCGUAAAUUACGUCACAUUCAGGGGGAGGGGGUGGGUCGAGAAUUUCUGACACUUUGUGACCGGGGGGGGGGGAGAUGGGUUACGUCACGAUUAAAAACAAAUAUUUAAAUAUAAAAUUGUCUAAUUUUGAAAAAUCUUUAUUAAAGUAAUUUUUAAAAAAACCCAUUAAUUUGAGAUCGAAAUCGAAAAAUGACGCAAAAACUGCUGUGGCCAUUUUACAUUCGGCUUGUGGAUGACCUCAUUGCAUUGCGUCACAGUUUUAUAAUAACACUACAUCUUUAUCCAUGGGAGAAUGUUAAAGAAUAAAAUAUUAGUUUAGUUAUGAAAAUUGUAUGUAUCUUUUGAAUUUUCAAGUGCGACGUGACACUAAAAGGGGGGGNCAGUCUAAAAAGGUCACUUUUUGCGUGACACCAGGUAGUCACCCAAAUUGACUGAAUUACCUUGAAUCUCUUUUGUUCGUAACACGUUUGUUCCUAUUUUUUUCUUUUUUUUAAUUAAAAUAUAUUUUAAAAAAAAUGUUUUGAAUCGUGCACGUUAAACUAAACAUAUAAAAUUAAAUUAUCGUCUCAUUGGAGAUGGUGUCGGUGGGUGGUCGAACGUGAGCUCUUAAUACCCCUCCCGGCACUCUCCCAUAUGGGCCGAAUUCAGGUUUCCCCGCCGCCAGAUCGUGCGGAAGCAUGCCGGAAACCUUCCCACUGGUCCGGUCGACUGAAAACGCUGCGUUUAAAGCGUUCGCGGUCCACUCUCCUUGGGUCUGAAUGGCUUUGCUUCCUCUCUGGAGGAAAGGCGUUGCGUUACCUCCCCCCCUACACCCUAGGGAGUUGAUAAAAUUAAAUUAAAUGAUUUGAUUGAAUUCUGAGACUAGCAAACACUGUCAAAAAAAAAUGGUGGAUGUUUUAAAAAUUUAAAUUUUUCAUAAUUCUUCUAAUAGCCCAAUUCUCUACGAACUAAGAGUCUUUUAUAUAAAAUCGUUUUAACAAAACAACAUUUCAAUUGAAAACUAAUUUAAUGGCAAGUUUUGUUUGAACAAUUUGAAUCGUUUCUGGAAAAUUGGACGCAUCUGCACAUUCUAAAAACACAAUUUUGUUCUAAAAGCUUGUCUCUCUUGUGACAGGGUCAGAUCUAGACACUUACAAUAUGAUUUUAUGAAUGCCUGUAAUGGUAGCAACAGAAACUUACACACACAGACACGGUCAGACACAGACAGACACAAGCAAAGAGACACACAAAUACACACAGACAGACACGGAGAGAAACACAGACGCACACACAGAGACAUACAUAGACAGAAACAUACAUACCAACGGAGAUAGACAUAUAGAGACACACAUGGACAGACAGACAUGCAUACACACAGAUGCACACACUUACACGUGGACACAGAGAGACACACAGACGCAGACACUUACAUAUACACAUUCACACACAAACAUAAACAGAUAAAUACAGACAUACACAGAGACAUACACAUAGAGCCACGCACAUACACACAUACAUACACACAGACUUAAACACACAUACACAGACUUACACACACACAUAUAUAAAUCUUCAUGGUUUCCUUUUCUAUCUGUUACUUUGCAUAUUUAACAGCACGACUGGCACAGCGUAGCGACGUCAGGGGACUUAAACCCACCAAUUGAAUAUGAGAACACAUACAAACUCAAACCGGAUGGAAUGUUUGUACCGGAAAGGGUCAAGGCCAUUAUAAAAACAGUGUUACAAGAGAACCUCCAUGACCAAAUCUACCACAAGCAGCUGAUGGGAAGCAGAUGUUUAGUGCUUAGCGAUAUCAUCAAAGUAAUUAUACACUUACUAUUUUGUUGUUAAAACUUUCUCAUAAUAAGGGAACUUUUAAUACUCUUACCACAAAGGUCUGUUUUUUAAAAAAAAAAAAAAAUUGUGUGGGUGGGGGGUUAAGGUGGUGGUAGCUUAGGGUGACCAAACGUCCCGAUCGUAGCCGGUGUCCGGAAAAAGUCUCUCGGGACGCCUACGUGUCCCGUUUCUAAAACCAAAGACAUUUUCAAAUCACCAAAACUUCAUAAUUGAUAACUUCAAGUAAUAUUUUGGCUAGUUGUGUAGCCAGUGCCAGUAGUGAUGUGGGCUCGCGUGAUGGCUGCAUUAAGUUUGUUUAAUUGUAUCUUUAUGUUGUAAAAUAUGUAUAAAUCAGGUUAAAAUUAUUGUUUUCGUUUAUGACAUGCCUCAGAGUUUCAAUUAAAUUACAAAAGUAAAGGUUAAUUUAAACAAGAUUUCUAGGUCUUAAAAUUGUUAAAAUGAGCAUAUUUCAAUAAACAGUUUCCGGCGGAGGCCCCCGGACCUCUGUUUAGCUUGAGGAUAUCCCCCCCCCCCAACCCUAAUUGGGUGUGUCCCGUUUUUUCCAGCUCAUGAUUUGGUCACCCUAUCUGGUAGCUAGGCUAGACAUUACUGUGCGGUGUCAGAAAUUCACUUUCACACUGUUUCAUUUCAUACUGUAUUUCAUUUCUCGUUCACCGCCAACAAAAGUAACUAAACUUCUGGAGUCACAAGUCAUAGACAAAUCAUGGGACGAUGAAUCGUUGCAAUAACAAUUAUUGGGAGUUCAAAAAUUGUUUUGACUUCUCUGUUGGUGUGCUCCGAAGUUGUAACACAGAGUUUGAAAAAAUGAAGAUGUGAUUGAUUACGCGUCAUAGUUUGGCGAUACGGUUAUAUAUAUAAAAAAAAUCUAAACAGAGUUAAGUAGAGCAUAAUUAAAUAUGAAAGAAGUGCAAAUUAAAACAGUCGUACUCAUUUAAAAAAACCUGCUGGAACGAAUGCUUCAAAUAGGAUGACACGGUGAACAUAACGUUAAAACACUCGUACUCAUAAAACCUGUUGGAACAAAUGCUUCAAAUAGGAUGGCACGGUGAACAUAACGUUAAAACACUCGUACUCAUAAAACCUGCUGGAACGAAUGCUUCAAAUAGGAUGACACGGUGAACAUAACGUUAAAACACUCGUACUCAUAAAAAUUUGCUGGAACUAAUGCUUUAAAUAUAGGAUGAUACAGUGUAUGUUAGGUGGGGGACUGCCGACGAAAGCAUCCUCUUCAUAUCGAAUUAAGACAACCCCCCCCCCCCCAACCAUACUACAAUAGAGGGAAGGAUCAGGCGGUAAACAAUGUGAUACAAAAGGGAGUAUCACGGUUAAAUAAGUUACAUAUUUUCAAUAUAGGUGGGGGACUGCCGACGAAAGCAUCCCCUUCAUAUCGAAUUAAGCCAACCCCCCCCCCCAACCAUACUACAAUAGAGGGAAGGAUCAGGCGGUAAACAAUGUGAUACAAAAGGGAGUAUCACGGUUAAAUAAGUUACAUAUUUUCAAUUUAUCCAUUUAUUCUUUUAAUUUAUGUUAUAUUUAUCAAUAUAUUUUUAAAUUUAUAAAACCAUCUACCCAACUCCCCCUGUGACGUACUACUGUACCAGGAUAACAAAAUGUUAUGAACAAUUUGACGCCAUUUCAGGAGAAAGUGCGACAACUCAAUCUAGCAAGAUUCAAAAUUGUGAGCGUCGUUCUGCUUGGCGAGAAAAAGAACCAGUCCAUGAUGGUGUCCUCCCGCUGUCUGUGGGACUCAAGCUGUGAUAACUUUGCUACGUGCGAAUACUCCCAAGGAAACAUCUGCGCCGUCGGCAUGGUCUUUGCUGUUUACCAGGAAUAAUAAAAACAAGAAACAGAAAAUUAAAUGGUCUUUAAGUUACCGUUAAAGAAAUAUAAUUUUUUUUCAUUAAAAAAAAAUUGGAGUCUCUUGCACAAAUUGACAUGGACACCACAAACGACCCAGGAUAUUUUUGAGUGUUUAUUUCAGUGCAUAUUACAAAAUACAAAAGAACUCGUCUUUUAAAUGCUAUGAAGUUGCCAUUCUGUAUUGUUUAAUAUCUUAAAGGUUUACCGAUGACAUAACGAGAUAUGUGUGUCUUGCUUUAAAAAAAAGUAACAAACAACAAAAACCUUCUUUUUACAUGUUUAAUCCUUAAGGCCAUUUUGUGACUUGAAGAGUUUCACACCAGCUGUUUAUAUAAAACAAUAUUAGUGAAUCGUGUAGAGUCGUUGCACGCGUGACGUUUAAAACAAAAAAUUCUAUUAAGUCCUCACAUAAUUGGUUACAUAAUUUUGUACAACAAUAUUUAUUGAACAAAUAUAUUUUUCUCCCUUAAAAAUUAAAAAUUAAAAACAAAUCUGGAACAGUUGAGGCCUAGGGUUGGCUUUGUUAAACGUACGCCCUAUUUUUUUUCUUUUCCAAGCACACAGAGAUCCAUCCUUUCCAUUGCUCACCAGACCCAUCCACCCAAACACUGGAAUAUUGCAUUCACUUUUUGAGACCGAGUUAGUGCUCUUUUGAGGCCCCGGCAAGUUCAUUUCAGGCCUGCCGCAUCUAUUGGGCAUUGCUGUAGAUCAAAACUAUCAACAUGGUUGGCUGCCAUGCCACUCGUUACCGUCUGGCACUCUGCUAGAAAGUGCUCGACUGUCUCCGGCGUUUGUCCACAGUGACGGCAGCUUGGCUCCCGUAGCGGAUGUAACCUAUUCAGGUAGCUCCGGGUAGGGCAAUGCUCUGUUCUCAUUUGUGUUAUGAGACUGGUGAUUGCACUUAAGACGCCACCCAAACACUAACACAAUCGCUUAUAAAAAAUAUUUUAAAAACCUCAAUAUUUAUGAUCUCUGAUCGCUUUUCCUUCUUCUUAUUUUGAGGGCCCACGAUCAAUGUUUUGACUGUUCUGGUUCCUUUGUUGGCAGAGAGGGUUCACAAAUAUUUCUGUGCAUAGUCUUACAGAGGAUAUUUCACUGGCUGCAAGGGCUACUUUGCGAUGAUAUCAAGAACUGGGGGUUGGAAGGUAGAAGGCAAUAGACGCAAAUGUGUCUAGUUUUAAUUAUCAAUAUAAUCUGAUCUUGCAGUGGAAAAAAAAAAAAAUAAUUUUUUUUCACAUAAAAUGCCAAACUUUAAUAAAUGUUUUCCCAUGAUAUAUUUUUACCGAAGUAAUUGAGUUAAAAUGGUUAAACUAGCUUUCGAAAAGUUGAUAUACGAUCUUAUUCUUGGAUACAACUGCC